AUGUUUCUUCUCUUGCUGAUGGACAGCAGAAGCACCGAUGCUAACAUUGCCCAGCCGGGUCAAAAUGAAGUUACAAUCUACGGCCUAGAUCCGAAAAUCGACGUCGACUCGAUCCGUAUCGAAGGAAGCGGCCCCGCGACCAUAACAGACAUCCAAACGCAAAUCAUCCGGCGACGAGAGGACUUCACGGACGUGUACCCCGAGGACUCUGACACCGACGACGAUGGCAAUGAAGACCCAGAUGAUAUAGACUACGGGUUUGACGACUCGGAGUUGCUGGCCACUCGAGAGCAGAUUGCUCGUGCCCAGGCGAAAAAGUCGAAGGCCGCCGAUAAUAAAGCUGCGACUGCUGCGAAGCUGCAGUUCUUGGAUAAAUACGGCACAUCCAUGAGUCCCGAGACGACGGAUCUCUUCAAGGUCAAUGACUUCCUGCAACUGUACACGCGUCAGCGCUCCGAAGCGGCUGACACGAGUCACGCGGCCGAAGUGGAGCUUCGCGAGAUAGAGGACGAGCUGGAGAAACUUGAAAAAAAGAAGCAGCAGCUUGAAUCGAAACAGCAGAAAGCGAAAAAGGAGGCGCUGAAGGAUUUCCAUCGUGCGCGGGAGGAGCAGCAGCGAGCGCGCAGACAAAAACGACAGCAGCGAGUGCGAGAAAGGUUUGAAAGACGGAAAUUCUGGACCAACAAUGUCGGCCAGGUGCGCGUGUCUCUUGACAGCAAUUCUGGUCCUACGCCUGAAUCGAGUCGGCGAAACUCGGUCGCUGACGAGAACUCGACUGUGGAACAUGCCAAACCAGAAGCCGAUGUGACGAUCCUCCUGACCUAUGUGUUGCCUGGAAGUCACUGGGCGGCGCGAUAUGAGAUGAAUAUCAAUACGCCUUCGUCGACAGCCCAGAUGACCUGUCUCGCGGAAUUCCGUAAUUCCAGUUCCGAAACCUGGCGCGAUACUCAAGUGGCACUGUCGACUUCGAAAGCGUCCUUCUCUGGUCUCCACGAGCGUGUUCCUUCUCUGGAAGCUUGGCACAUCCAGCUAGAUCAGGAUAAUGUCACUAACAAACCAUCAUGGCAUAAAAUCCUGAAGGGUGGAGGCGAAGCUGGCGAGAAACGGCCUCCUGCACCUGUAUCGAAUGAAGAGAUGCAGCUGAUGUUGCUUGAACAGCAAAAUAAGAGGAGACUGAUGAUGGCAAGGCAAGCGGAGCAAGACCAGACCGCACUUCAAGCACCUCAACAAGCAGCGCCGGGGGGUCUUUUCGGUGGCGCAAGAUCCCUUUUUAGAGGGUCCUCAAAUGCUGCCGCUACCGCCCAAAUGCAGGCCCAGCAGGCCCAACCGUCCCCUGAAAUGCUAUUUUCGGCAGCGCCACCACCCAUGGCCAUGGCAGAUUUUGGCAAUGCCGAGUAUGAUGAAGACGAGCUCGAGCGUGAAGAAGAUGAUGAAGAGGAUGAAGAAGACGAGACCGCAUUGCCUGCCGAGAGCUUGGACCACCAGGACUCGGUCACGCAACAAUACGGGCUUACCACGACCCAUGAGCUUCCCGGUCGUCGCACCGUGAUACCCUCGAGUGUCAGUCGACGUCAUAUCCUCGCCGAACUGGACCUGGAGUCCAUGUCCCUUUCAUACCUCAUCGUGCCGAAGCAUCGCACCGCCGCCUUUCUCCGCGCGCGCAUCCAGAACACCUCGUCUGCGCAUAUGUUACGCGGCAAGGUAGGUUUGUCCGUGGACGGAACAUUCCUAGGCGCGAUUUCCAUGCCCAGCACCCCGCCCAACGAGUUCUUCAGCCUCUCGCUGGGAAGUGACCCCGCCAUUCUGGUGAAGUACUCCAAACCCACCGUGCGGCCUGCGUCGGGCUCCUUCUUCGUGAAAGAAGAAGCAGCGGUGUUCCGGCGGAGCUGCUGGAUCAAAAACACCAAGGACACGGCCGUGGAUGUCAACGUGAUGGAUCAGGUACCAUUGAGCGAGCACGACAAGUUGCGCGUGCACAUCCUCGAGCCGGCGGGUCUCGCCGAGGAAGGAAGCGAGACGGACCUCGAUCUGAGAGAAGACGUGGGGGAGGGAACAGCCGUCAUGGGGAAAACUGGGGAGAUUAAAUGGAGCAUUCGGCUGGAGCCUGGCAAGGAGGUGCGGACUGUGCUGGAGUAUGAGGCGCGAGUACCGAGUGGGAGUGAGGUGGGUACGUCUUAUGGAUAG